AUGUCCGCUUAACGAGAGAGCAGAUACUUCUUCAAAAUUCUCUCCUCACUGUGGACCCCUGGAGGAGGCGGUGGAGGCACCACCACCACCACUCCCAGCACCACGCCCGACAUACCGCCCUCGAAGGCCAAGUUCAAGAUCACCGUCGUGAGUACGCCCAGCCCCUCCCCGCCGCCUACGCCCCCUCCGGCUGGAUCUAUGCUGGCACAAAUGGUCGAGACGAAUUCCCCGCCGGCGGGUUACACCCUCAAAAGGUCGCCCAGCGAUCUCGGCGAGCAGCAGCAGCCUCCAAGGCAGAUCUCACGAUCUCCGGGCAACACGGCCGCCUAUCACCUGACCACCGCCAUGCUCCUGAACUCCCAGCAAUGCGGCUACUUGGGCCAGCGGUUGCAGUCGGUCCUCCAGCAGCAGCACGCCCAGCACCAGCAGUCCCAAAGUCAAACUCCGUCCUCCGAUGAUGGCAGCCAGUCGGGUGUCACCAUCCUGGAAGAGGAAAGAAGAGGAGGAGCCGCAGCCGCGUCUCUCUUCACCAUUGACAGCAUUUUGGGGUCUCGUCAACAAGGUGGAGGAUCCGCGCCAAGCCAAGGCAACCACAUCAGCAGCAAUAGCAACCAAAAUGGACUGACCUCCAAUGGCAUCAGUUUGGGUCUGAAGAGAAGUGGCGCCGAGUCCCCCGCCUCGCCAAACUCCAACUCUAGUUCUAGUGCAGCCGCCAGUCCCAUCCGACCGCAGAGGGUUCCUGCCAUGCUGCAGCAUCCUGGCCUGCAUCUGGGUCACUUGGCGGCUGCAGCGGCGAGUGGUUUUGCCGCCUCUCCCUCAGACUUCCUGGUGGCGUACCCCAACUUCUAUCCAAACUACAUGCACGCCGCUGCGGUGGCGCAUGUGGCUGCUGCUCAGAUGCAGGCGCAUGUGAGUGGAGCAGCCGCUGGAUUGUCGGGUCACGGACACCACCCGCACCACCCCCAUGGGCACCCGCACCACCCACAUCUGGGCGCCCACCACCACGGACCGCACCACCUCAGUCAUCUGGGUCAUGGACCUCCGCCGAAGAGGAAGCGUCGCCAUCGCACCAUCUUCACGGAGGAGCAGUUGGAGCAACUGGAGGCCACCUUCGACAAAACCCACUACCCAGAUGUGGUGCUCAGAGAGCAACUUGCUCUUAAGGUGGAUCUCAAAGAGGAAAGAGUUGAGGUGUGGUUCAAGAACCGGCGGGCCAAGUGGCGCAAGCAGAAGCGCGAGGAGCAGGAGCGGCUGCGGAAGCUGCAGGAGGAGCAAUGCGGCAGCACCACCAACGGCACCACCAACAACAACAGCGGCACCGCCAGCACCACCGGAAACGGCACCGUGCCCGUAAAGUGCCCCGGAUCCGAUCACUAUUCCGCGCAACUAGUGCACAUCAAGAGCGAUCCCAAUGGGUACAGCGACGCCGACGAGUCCUCCGAUCUGGAAGUGGCCUAA